AUGGUCGCCACCCCCGAUGAAAUCGAGGCCAUGGCGCCCCCCGGCUACUCCUUCCCGGAGCACCGCCUCCGCCUCCAGCAGUCCGAACCCGACCGCGAGCCCCUCGUCCUCGUCGCCCCGGGCUCCUACAGCCCCAUCACCUUCCUCCACCUGCGCAUGGCCGUCAUGGCGGCAGACUACGUCCGUUACAACACAAACUUUGAGCUUAUCGGCUCCUACCUCUCCCCCGUCUCCGACGCCUACAAAAAGCGCGGUCUCGCACCCGCCUGCCACCGCCGCCGCAUGUGCGAGAUCGCCGCCGAGCAGACCUCCCGCUUCCUCAUGGUCGACCCUUGGGAGGCCGAGCAGACGGCCUACGUGCCCACUGCCGUUGUUCUCGAUCACUUUGAGCACGAGAUCAAUGUCAAGCGCGGCGGCUGCAACGGGAAGCGCGUGCGUAUUGCCGUGCUCGCUGGCGCCGACCUGAUCAAUACGAUGAGUCAGCCGGGCGUUUGGUCGCCUUCUGAUUUGAGACACAUCCUUGGCGACUUUGGCGCCUUUGUGCUCGAGAGAGCCGGUGUGAACAUUGACGAGGCCCUCGGUAAUCUUAAGGAAUACGAGGACCAGAUCUACUACAUCCCGCAAGUCGUUCCCAAUGAUGUUUCGAGUACCAAGAUUCGAUUGUUGCUAAGGAGGAAUAUGAGCAUCGACUACCUCAUCCCUGCUGAAGUCAUCAAGUAUAUUGACGAGCACGGCCUGUACAACGAGGACGACACAGCAACAAAUGAGAAGGGCAAGGAGAAGGAGGUGCAAUAA